AAAGACGCGCUUAGACUUUUUUUUUUAAAUAAUCACAAUCAUUCAGACUGGAAAAUGACAUUCAUAAAUCAGGUAAAUAUUUAGUUUUUUAAUGUUGUGGCGCCGGAGAGUCCGCAUCGCAACAAACUACUAAGAAGAGUUAAAAAACAGCGCAUCGAUCACCGAUAACGCGAUUGAAAUCCAGUCUGUACGUGUAAUAUGAUUAAGGAGAUUUGUGUUUUUGAAGAAUUUCAUUUCUGAGAGAACUAGAGAAUCGGAGAAAACUUACAGGGCGCUGUGCGGAGCUCCGCGGCCGUUAGCUGACAUUCCGUUGCUAUGGCAACUGUGGAACGGUGCCGUGGCGAUGACGUCACAGAGCACGGUAUAUAAAUUGAGGCGCGCUUGUAGAACGACAAAGAGCUUAGGCUUGUUUGAGGAUAACUUUACAACUAUAGACCAGUCCUUACUGAGUCUCUAGAUACAGUUAAUAGAUACAAGCAGAUGGUCAGUUUGAUAACUGUACAUUGUUAAGUACAGAUUAUUGAUCUGUCAGUCUCAGAACACCAGACACAAUGUCCACAGAGGUCAGAGAGGUGCUUCUGGAAGUUUACCUCAACGGCGCCUUCUACUGCGGGGAAAGUUACUGGGCAUCAGAUGAUAGAGAUGUGGAGCUGGAGUUUGAGAUCACCGAUGCCAUCUACGACCUUCUCGGCUGCAGUGCAUCUCGAGAGAUAGACGUGCAGCUGGAGGUUGAGACGGACGAUCACGUCUCAGUCGGUUACUGCAGUCCAGGAGAGAUGCACGUGCCGCUGGACGCUGAUGAGAAUCAGGACAUCUCAGUCUGUGAAGUGAAAGACUUGCAGCUGGAGAUGAACAGGAACGGCAGCGUCUCAGAGCUGAAGAUCCCUGCGCUGGUGUCUGAAGAUCCGAGUGACCCAGCAGAACCUUCAGUGGAAGACGCAGAUGAUCAGGAGAACAGCCUAACAGAAAGCACUGCUGGGUGGAUGUUCAAGAAAAUAAGUGCAGUCUUCCAGCAAUUGACAGUAAUCUUCCAGACAAAUGCACUGAAUGCUGCUGGGGAACCUGAAGUGGAUCUUCUUGAUCCAGAGGAAUCAUGUGUCCCAGAUCCCAGAAUUCCCGAGUCAGAAUCUGAAGAGAAUUUGGUCGAUAGUGAACAACCGUGUGUCCCAGAUCCCAGUGUUCCUGAUCGAGAACCUGAAGUGGAUCUUCUUGAGUCAGAGGAAUCAUGUGUCUCAGAUCCAAGCACUCCCGGACCAGAACCUGUAACGGAUCUGGUUGAUACCGAGCAAUCGUGUAUCCCUGAACCUGAAAUGGAUCUGAUUGAUCCAGAGGAAUCAUGUGCACCAGGUCCAAGCGUUCCCGAGCCAGAACCAGAAGUGGAUCUGGUUGAUCCAGAGGAAUCUUGUGCACCAGGUCCAAGUGUUCCCGAACUAGAACCUGAAGUGACAUCAGAGCAUUUAAGUUUGGAAAACUACAUCCGUCUAAAUGUGUCCCAGCUGGAGGAUCGUUUGAGGAGAUGUACACUGUCCAAGACUCCUGUCACUGAGGUCUGGCCCAGGGUCUUCAUUGGAAAUGAAGAGACUGCAUGGGACCGAGAUAAACUGAAGGAGAUGGGAAUUACGCAUAUCCUAAAUGCUGCAGCGCCCAAGAAGGACCUGAAGUUCUUGUUGGGAAUGGCGAGCGAGAAAGACCUACUAGGAACGGUCAAUACAGGGUCCAGAUAUUACAGAGGCAUGAACAUCACUUACUGUGGCUUGCCUUCAUUCAGACACUGGGCCAACAUCAGCAAGUACUUCUUGCCAGCAGCCAAAUUUAUCCAUAAGGCCUUGAGGAACCCAAUGAGUAAGGUGUUGAUUCACUGCACACAGGGCCUCAGUCACUCGGCGACUCUGUUUCUGGCGUAUCUGAUGAUCUGCCAUGACAUGAUGGUGGAGGAGGCCAUUGAUCAUGUCAUAAAGGUGAGAUGCAUCAAGCCCUAUUUCGGCCAUCUAAAGCACCUGGCGUUCCUCAAUGCCGACCUUGUGCUGCAGCAAAAACUAAAGUUACAGGGCAAAAAAACAGACAAAAAGAUGAAAAAAUGGCAGAUAAAAGCGAAAUAAAACACAGAUUUUAAAAAUGGUGCAGAGAUUAAAAAAAGAAAAAAUAGAGCACAGAUUAAAAAAGUGGAUUGCUAAAAAAUAGAGCACAGAUAAAAAAUGGUGCACAGAUUAAAAAAAAAUAAAACAGAUAAAAAAUAGUGCACAAAUUAAAAAAGUGCACAGAUUAAAAAAAUAGAUCACAGAUAAAAAAACAAUAGAACAAAGAUUAAAAAAUAGAGCACAAAUCAAAUGCACAGAUAACAAAUACAGCACAAAUUUAAAAAAGUGCACAGAUUAAAAAAUAGAGCACAGAUAAAAAAGAGCACAGAUAAAAUAACAGAGCACAAAUAAAAAAUGCACAGAUUUAAAAAAUAGAGCACAGAUUUAAAAAGUGCACAAUUAAAAAUCUAGAGCACAGAUUUAUAUAAAAUAGAGCAAAGAUUUAAAUAAAAUAGGGCACAGGUUAAAAAUAGAGCAGAAAAAAAUUGAGAACAGAUAAAAAAAAAUUGUUUAAAAACAAGUAUAUAAAAAUAAAAAUAAAUGGCACAGAUAAAAAAAGAGCACAGAUAAAAUAACAGAGCACAAAUAAAAAAAAUGCACAGAUUUAAAAAAUAGAGCACAGAUUAAAAAAGUGCACAAUUAAAAAUAUAGAGCACAGAUUUAUAUAAAAUAGG